ACGCUGUUUUUCAUGACGUGGUGAACGAUGAGACCAACGACCCGUUUCACGAAAGCAAUAGUGACGAGAAGGAUGACCCACGUCUGCGUAGACGAUGCAAGGAGACGUGCAACUUUCCCAGGAGUCUUCUCUAACGAGCCUCCACCACAACAAGUAACAGUCACUGAUGAAGAAACUAUGGAGAUCGUCAAUUCAGACACCCGGACUGAAGCUUCAGGAGACACUGCACUUAGAGAGGAUAAAGAUGCAGAGGAAGAUGAAAUUGAAGAUGCAAUUGACCCAAACGACUUCAUGGAUUACAGUAGAAAUGAAUUUUUGGAGUACAACAAAGACAACAUUGAAGAUGAAUUUCUUGAGCAUUCCACACCCACCCAUUCACCACCCUUAUCACCACCACCUGCAUCUUCGUCUGCCUCAGACGACCCUCCUUCCGUGUCUGCGCUACCAUCAUUAUUACCACCACCUGCAAUGGAUUCAACAUCACCUCCAACUCCCAUAUACCAACCACCUACCUCUACAUCUACACAACUACCUCUAGUUCUUCCACUCGCCGGCUCCUGUUACUACCCUGCUCUCAGACCGCGUGCUGGUGAAGUUUGUGCUGCUGCUCAACCUGCUGUUCCUGCAACUGUUUGUGCUUUGUCUUUUAAACCUGCUACUGUUUCUGUUCUACCUGUUGCCAUCACUCAACCUGCUGUUGCUCUUCCAGUCACUCAAACAACCAUUGAAACCACUUCUGUUCCCUUCACUCAACAUGUCCAAGCUGCCACAAGCUACUAGCUCGGUGACUGAUGCUCUGAGUACGUACCAGCUCAAGUGGAACAGAAUUGAAAAUUUACAACCUAUUCCACCGUACUCAGGGCCAGCCGUCGGGCCAACAUUUCAUGACAUCCACAGCACUCCACUGUCAAUAUUUGAUAAGAUAUUCGAUGGUGAGGUAUGGCAAUUCAUGGUUCACCAUACACAUAACUAUGCCAAUUGGAUAAGAGCUCAAGAACCUGCCAAACACAAAUGCUCAUGGAAUGAUGUGACAGUGGAGGAGCUGUGAUGUUACAUUGGUCUUGUCAUCGCAAUGGGAAUCGUCUGAAUGCCAACAAUUAGCUAUUACUGGCAACAUAAGUGCAAAUUGUUGGAGACUGGAAUUGCUGACAUCAUGCCAAGGGUCAGGUUUCAAACAAUUUCCCGCUAUUUCCAUGUCUGUGACAAGCCCAACGAGCCAGCAUGUAAUUCCCCUCAAUACGACAAACUGUAUAAAAUCAGAUCCUUUAGUGACCUUCUGGCCUGCAAACAUCAACCACUCUUCAACAUCGGCUCAGAGGUCACUAUUGAUGAGGCCAUGGUUCCAUACAAGGGCAACAUUGGAUUUAAACAAUACAUGAAAGAUAAGCCAAAGAAGUGGGGAAUCAAAGUCUGGAGUUUGAGCAAUGCUAGAACCGGUUACGUCUAUCGCCAGCUUCUUU